CGGCCCGGUAAUGGCGGCGGGCCGCGGGUGGAGGCGGCGGGCGCUGCGCCUGCUCACGGCGGGCGGCGGCGUGCUGCUCACCCGCUUCCCCUUCUGGCACUGCUUCAGCGGGCUGCUGCUGUGCGCCGAGCGCGCCGACCUGCGCCGGAAGCCGGACAUCCCGGUGCCCUACCUGUACGUGGACAUGGGUGUGGCCGUGCUCUGUGCCAGCUUCAUGUCCUUCGGGGUCAAGCGGCGCUGGUUCGCCCUGGGGGCCGCGCUGCAGCUGGCGGUGGCCACCUAUGCUGCCCACGUUGGUGGCCACGUCCACUACGGCGAUUGGCUCAAGGUGCGGAUGUACUCGCGCACCAUCGCCAUCAUCGGCGGCUUCCUGAUCCUGGCCAGCGGCGCCGGGGAGCUGUACCGGCAGAAACCGCGCAGCCGCUCGCUGCAGUCCACGGGCCAGGUGUUCCUGGGCAUCUACCUCAUCUGCCAGGCCUACUCCCUGCAGCACAGCACCGAGGACCGCCUGGCCUACCUGGACCACCUGCUGGGGGGUGAGCUGGCCCUGCAGCUGCUCUUCCUGCUCUACGGGCUGCUGGCCCUGGCCUUCCUGUCGGGUUACUACGUGCGGACGGCGGCGCAGGUUCUGGCCGUGCUGCUGCCCUUGGCCAUCCUGCUCAUCGACGGCAACCUGGGCUACUGGCACGCGCUGCGCCGCGUCGAGUUCUGGAACCAGAUGAAACUCAUCGGCCAAAACGUCGGCAUCUUCGGGGCCGUGGUCAUCCUGGCCACCGAUGGAUGAGGGAGGGGGGAGGCGUG